CGGACGCAAGGCCUCAUGGGCCGUUGACCUGCUGUCUCCGUGAUUUAUGGCGGCUGGGGGCCUCUGGCCACUGCAGACUCCUCUCCUCUCUCUCUUCAGUUUCCCGUCACACUCGCCGCAGGACUGCAAGGAGCCACACACACUGCACCACUGUCUCCAGGAGGAUCCGAAGAGGGGUUCCACGCACAUGCUGAGCUGCAGCACACCCUCUGCUUCAUACACUGCCUGCUGGAAGGUUUGGAGAGGAAACGCUGCUGUAUUCACCUUCUUGACUGGACUUUCUAUUGGAAGCUGGAGACUGAGAGUGAGAGCCAGCAGGUGCCCUCACCAUGGUGUUGCCGCCCCCAGACAAACGCCACGUGUGCCUGACCACCAUCGUCAUUAUGACCAGCAUGGCCUUCAUGGAUGCCUACCUGGUGGAGCAGAACCAGGGUCCCAGGAAGAUUGGGGUUUGUAUAAUAGUGCUAGUAGGGGAUGUUUGCUUCCUCAUAGUCUUGCGGUAUGUGGCCGUGUGGGUUGGUGCUGAGGUGCGCACCGCCCGAAGAGGCUACGCAAUGAUCCUUUGGUUUUUGUACAUCUUCGUCCUGGAGAUCAAGCUCUACUUUGUCUUCCAGAAUUGCAAGGCAGACAGGAAGAGUUUGGAGACAGUGGCCAGGAAGGCUUUGACGUUAUUAUUAUCUGUAUGUGUACCAGGUUUAUACUUGGUUCUGGUUGCUCUGGAUAGUAUGGAGUACGUAAGAACUUUCCGAAAGAAGGAGGACAUGAGGAGUCGUCUAUUCUGGGUGGCGCUGGACCUGCUAGACCUGCUGGAUAUCCAAGCCAACUUGUGGGAGCCCCAGCGGACAGGCCUGCCCAUCUGGGCCGAGGGCCUGAUGUUCUUCUACUGCUACAUUCUGCUGCUCAUCCUACCCUGUGUAUCACUCAGUGAGAUCAGCAUGCAGGGUGAGCACAUGACGCCCCAGAAGAUGAUGCUGUACCCAGUUCUGAGCCUGGUCACUAUCAAUGUGGUCACUAUCCUUAUACGAGGUGUAAACAUGAUUCUGUUUCAGGACAGCCGUGUUUCCACCAUCUUUGUCGGAAAGAAUGUGGUGGCCAUCGCCACCAAGGCAUCCACCUUCUUAGAGUACCGCAGGCAGGUGAAGGAGUUCCCCCACCCCCAGAACGCAAUGGCACUCGAGCUGCAGCAGAACUCUGUGAGUCACACGCAGCCACUGCCAAAUGCUACCAGUUUGCCACACGAACCUUCGCCAGCGCAGGACGUCAUUGACACAUGACCGCCAGCACCAGACUGAACUCCAUUAGAAAACUGAACACUUUUUUAGGACAGCUCAAGGAGUGGAAAUAGAUAGAGAAAUCAGCUGCAUGACAGGAUGAUAUUCUGCUCUAGUCAUGCCCACAUGAACUGCUGUGAAACCAUAAAAGAGAUUUUCAGCAUCACCUGCCUGUCAGAACACACUGUAUACGUACUCUUGACUCUGAGUGCAGCGUGCAGACUGUAGAAAUCAAGUCAAAGGUUUUUCUUGUGCUGUUGUGUUUUUAAUUGUUUCCAAUGUUUUAAAAGUUCAAACUUUUAUUAAGAGACAAUCUCUGCAUUGCGCAGACCACUGACAUUAUGUUUGUGUAAAAUGGACAGCUGGUUCCCCCUUGGUGAGUAUCUUGUAUUUUUUUUCUAAAGGUCACAUUUUUAACAGUGCAUCUGUGGCAUUUCCUUUGAAUUCCAGCACCAAAGGACAAAGCACUCAGCGUGAAGCACUGAUGGAAAGGAGGAGCAGAGAGUGACACGGGUCAGUCAAAGGGGGUAACUUUGCUGUGCUAGAGCAGGGGUGGUGUCAGAAGAAUGCUUAUCUGUUUGGGUUCUGCUGAGAAAGGAGCACUGUGGAAGCUGCUGCCUCGGUCAGUGUGACGCUUUACGACCAAAGGUCUGAUUAAAGCACUAGAGCUCAGCACUAUACCAUCUACUGCAGGCACCCAAGCGUGUGUUUUACUGUGCGUGUGUGUGUGUGUGCGUGUGCGUGUGUGUGUGCGUGCGUCUCUAUGAGCACCCACACUAGUCUAUAGAGUAUGUAUACCUGCAAGCGUAGGCGUUCACCACAGGAGGUUUAGGCUAUUUCAUGUUGUUUUGGAGCAAAUGUGAGUGGUUGGUGUGUGUAAUGACUUGCAAAUGAGAAAAAAUCUGUUGAAAAAACACAGUAUGAUGGCAGUGAGAUACUUAUUGUUUCCUGUACUGUACAUUCCUCUUAAACUAGCUCAAGCCUUGAAGUUGGAGAACGCAGAGAUGAGUCAAGAGAGCGCCUCACUUAAAAAUGGACAAAAAAAAGAACUCAUAAAUACAAAAAUAAACAAACAGAAAAAUACU